AUGACCACUCAAGAUCAGGCGGCACUUGUUGCAGGUUCACAAGAUGAAGAACGCAUGGAUCAUAAGUCGAGUGGUCUCCAAGUAGGAAAACUUGCCGUCGGAUCGCUUUUAUUGGCUUGCUUUCUAGCAAAUGCGGAUGAAUCUUUUGUCCUCACCACUGGGAGUGAUGUUGCCUCGGCUCUCAAUGCAUCCAGCUCUGCAGCAUGGCUCAUCACGGGGUACAACUUGGGCUAUAUUCUUGCUCUUCCGAUAUACGGGCAAAUAUGCGAUUUGACUGGACCGACGAGAGCAAUCCUUCUUGCUUUGACGGUAUACGGAUUUGGCUGUCUCAUGACAGGAGUCUCGCAAAGCAUUCACUUGGCUGUGGCCGGUCGUCUCAUUUCAGGGUUUGGCGGAGCCGGAAUGAAUGAGCUUGUUUCUGUUAUUCUUAACGAAAUCCAUAGCUUUGACCGUGUUGCUAUGUUACGCUCCUAUGUAACUACUGUAUCAAUUAUUGGGAUUACCUGCGGCGCUCCCCUGGGCGCGUUUCUCACAAGCUGGAUUGGAUGGCAAUGGGCAUUCCUGAUUCAUAUCCCCUUUGCAAUGAUUUGCCUCGCCAUUAUCUCGCUUUCACUUUCGACAAAGCCCUCGCCAUCUAUCACCUCCAAGCUAUCAUAUGGAUCAAUUGACAACCGCAACACCCCCAAAAAUACCCCUCGCAAGUCUUUCGAUAUUUUGGGCCUCAUUUUGCUAUUUAUAUCUGUUACCUGUUUCUUAGCCUUUGUGCAACUCACCCAGGCACAGAAUCUGGAAAGAAAGCCAAUACUUCUGAGCGUUUGUGCGGCAGCGUUCGUUGGAUGCUUCACGGCCUUCUGUCUCAAUGAGACUCGUUGGGCUCAAGACCCAAUGAUCCAUUUCUCAUUACUCAGUCCCAAUAAAUUUGGCCUGAUAUAUAGUGCCCAAGUGUUAUUCGGCAUUGCACAAUUUUCUGUGUGUUCUCCCCUUGCUUUCUUCUCGGUGCAACUUGUCGGCGGCUAA